UUAGGCUCUUUCCUCCACAAGCCGAGUGCCAUACAGCCCCAUUAUAUUGGAGAGAAGGCAGACAUCUCUACAGCCAAUAUCUCCAAAAAUAAGGCAACUCACGCCAAAACUAUCUAGAUGAAUAAAUGCCAUUACAGGUCAAAUGAAACGUAUGUGUUUUUCAGUAACUUGUUUGUUUUUUUUAAGACAAAAGAUAGAAUGCGGAACAUAAUGAAGCAUGACAAAAGGCUUUUGAGUCUCAUCCGGGUUUAAAAACUAUUUUCUGUGUUUGCUUCAGUCAAGUUCAUCUGUUUUCUUUCUUUCUUUACUCUCAAAGGAGGAUAUCCAAAGAUUAAUUUACUAACCAGGGCAUUUUUUUUAUCAUGAGGUGGACCUUGAGGUCUGCAUUAAUAUAAUGGCGUAUGAUUUAUAUGAGUGUCUACGUGGAUGCAUAGGCCUACUGAUGCUUCCAAAUUUCUGUCAAUAUGCAUUAGUAGUGGGUGCUGUCUUGCUACAGAUAUGUCUGGUUUUAAACCUGCAGCUGUGGAAAGUAGUCACAAACCAUGACAAAGAUGACGUGGCAUUAUAUUGUCUGAGAACAAAGGAAUGUUGUUUUGUCCAUUAACUGAAUGAAUAAACGAAUGAAUGCUCAUUCAGAGGAAAGAAGGCCUCUGCUCCGUCCACACAGAAUAACCUACACUGCAGACAGACUCUGGUCCUUUAGGAGGAAAGCAGCUGUUUAACUGGAGAUGAAUCUUUUGGAGAUGGGGAAUACUUUGGUGAAGACAUAUCUUUUACAUAAAUGCAAGUGUUUCUUCACUCUGUGUCUUCUACUGAUUAUUAGUGUUGUCUCUGUUAGUUUACACUCACAGAGACAAACCUGGUCUUAGGACAACAGUAAAAAAAAAAAAAAAAUCAAGUGGAAUGGGAAGAUGUAGAUUUUCUCUCUCCGUAAUAAGGAUAGGCUACUCCAUCUCUCUCAACGUGGUAACCUUGUCAAAUUGUCACUAGACACCUAUGCAACACAUAUCACUGCACCUAGGGAUCUUAUGGUUGGCUAACAUUACACGACUUUAGCCCCUCCCCUUGAUUUGCCACUCGCCGGCACUUUUUGGAGCUCCCCAACAGAAGGGCUGAGGGUCGCAUGCACCAGUAGGAACUUGUUGUACGUGUUGAAUUUGCAACACGGACCAACGUUGUCGUUGCACUGAAAAAAACAAUAAGCGCACGAUCACAAAUUGCUCAGACCAAAGCAAUGGAGGAGCACUAAUGCAUUGUCGAUGUGUGAAGCGAGCUGUGCCACAACCUGCUCGAGAAACGGAAGAGUUGGAGAGAAAUUGCAGAUUCUCAACAGCCAGAUGACAGCAGAGUUCUGGACCAAAAUUGAAGACGGCGGAGUUUCUUCACUUCUUCCGCUUUAUCCAUCUUUAUCCAACUUCUUUUAUUGUAUAAACUCAGAGGGCUCAACAACCCCAUUUCAAGUUGACUCUCAGAUUAUGACAUUUUCCCUAAAAAAAUAAAAAUAAAACAAAGUGUUUUUCUGUCCCAUAACCCCUGCUUCAAUGUGUCCAAUACACUGGGAGGGGACACGUGUCUCCUUUAUUCUGCAGUGAUGCUGUGGGUACUGGUGUCCUCUUAUCGUGCAGGAAUUGCCCCGGCGACUUCCAAACCGGGAACUAACCAACGACACCCCCAAAUGCUACUCGCAUUUAGAAAUAUUCUGUGUAAAUCAUUUAUUUGCUGUUAGACCUCAGAAUUCAUGGCACCAUAAAAUAUUUGAACACCUCAAGUACUCAGACCAGUCCUCUAUUACCCUGAGCUAUCUUAUUUGACACAGUUUACAUUGUUUCAUAGCAAAUUUGACUUCCCCUAUUUGGGUGGUUGACCUAAAACUUCCCUGGAUCACAUCCACAUGAAUCAAGAAUAAUCUUUAAUUUUUGUCUCACAUAAUAGGGUGAAUUGAUUGCUGCGUCGUUUGUUUAUUUGCCCCACAUAGCCAAAGACGACAGCUGUUAGCUAGCUAACAAGGGAUGCAGCAACCAUGUGAUUCCAUUUGUUGCGCGUGGCCAUUCAGCCUCUGAAUGACCUCGUAGUUCACAGGAAAACAUCUCAUCCAUCCCCUUCGAAGCAGGUUCAUGGGGCAACUUUGCCUGCUGGGUUACAGACACAACAAAUAAUUUACAAAAAACAAAAAUAACUUUAAUGAACAUGUUGCGUGAAGUGGUAGAGUGACUGUCCUCCAUUGAAAUAACAUGUUGGCUAAAAAAAUUACAGCAAUUCAACAGUGCCGUUUUCAAUGGCUAGAUUACUUAAAGAUAUGCGACCCCGCCCGUUAAUUAUGUCCUUGUGUAUCACCACAUCUCGUCUGCAGACACAGUACACUGAGGUCUGUCUAAGUCAGUCAGAGGGGAACAAACACACACAGCUAAACUGAAAUGGAUGAGUUAACAGUGUUCCUCUAAUGGAAAAGGAAAGAGUAUUCAAAGUAAAAGAACCACCAGGCCUAAAACAAAGGAAAAGUUGAAGGGUGGUGUUACGGCCUAUUUAGUGUGCCUAUGGGUACACAGGAAGUAACAUAACCCUUGGCAAAUGGUUUAACAAAAUGAGAGGAUAAGGCAGCUGCAAUCAGUUACAUUUCUUAACACAGUAUACUAUAGAUGAACAGAAACAAACCAACUAAAGUGGAAGCGUGGAGGUCAGGGUCUCUAAGGCUAAAAUAAAUAAAAAACACGCUAACUAGAAAAGAGUUCAGCUGGCCUACGGAAACAAACAGGAAAACAAUACUGAGCUCCCUAACUUGCCACAAAAACCACAGGAAUUACAAAAUAAAUGGCAGAAAACCCCUAGACAGCUUCCCCAAAGUUAGACCACAUAGUUCUGUAGUCAGGAACAAUCAGAAGCCCAGCUACGGCAGUACCAAUGCUCUCGGCAGCAGCAGUGAACCAACAGCUCUACAGGCCAAGAGAGAACAAAAGAGGAGAAACACUGGAUCUGGGGGCUGAUAUUAAGCUCCACUGAUUAACUGAGGACUCUCAGGUGUGGGUGUGUCAGCGAUCACAAAGGGGCGUGGCAGACCUGAAACACAAACAGCUCUCUUCUAAAAAGAGGCAUAGUUAAGACGCAUGGCCUCUAAUCCCCUAUGAUACUUUUUCACAUACCGCCUGGGACAAAAGCUCCUUUAAUGGAAGCUGACAAAGAACACAGUCAGUUAAGCCUACAAUCAUCUUGUUUUCCAAACCCUCUUACAGACACAAAUCUUCUCUGGUAUCUAAAAUAUUUGUAAUUUCACACUCAACUCAGUUAAUGCUCUCCAUCCUCUAACCGACAAAGUAAUACGCUUGUCAAUCUUAAAGCAAAGUUACCUGCUGCCAAAAUGGAGCAGUAGUCCAUGUUUGGGAACUUUUACUAUCUGAGAUGUACAGUAACACACCUACCAGCACCUUUAAAAUGUACUCAAUCAUAUUUAAAUACAAUACUAAAUUCCUUUUCCUUGUUAAGAUUCCUGCUCCGACUCUCAUCUUCUGUGAGUGCGGAGGCCACCAUGGCAGCCGGCCCUCAGGGUAACCACGGAUGGCCACGGUUUGGCCCCAGGGACCAUCUGAUGGCUAUGUUCAGGGCCUGCUCCAGAGAUCCAACCGAGGCGAUCAAAACAAGACUGAGAUGUUUGCUGCACACAUUUCUGCAACACCACAGGGACAAUGCAGGAAAUGAGAACACCAACGAUUUGGCCGCAACGUGCUGCUGUGAAGCCGGGAUCUGGUAUUACAGGAUCCUGGAGAACCUCAUCAGUCAAGAAAGGAAUAGGCUGGGAAUCAGUGACAUCUCGGUCAUCUUGGAGGAGGAGCGUUUCCAGUGCUGUCUAGUGGCCUGCUGUCUGGAGAUUACCAUAUCCUCAAACCGUCUACCAUAUGACUUCCCUCUGCUCCCUCAGAUCUUAAAACUGGCACCAUACAACUUCCUGAAGGUGAUCGAGCUGGUGUUGAGGACUGAAGUGGGCCUGCCUCGCGCUGUGUUCAGACACCUCGCUCGAGUGGAAGAGAAAGUUCUGGAGAGCUUGGCCUGGACCAGCGACUCACUACUGUGGGAAGAAAUCAGAGCCAACGAGAGUCAUCUGCCUACCUGCCAACAGGUGAUGCUUCCUACACAACUUGAAGAUCCCAAGAGAACAGACUUUCCUCCUGACAGAAACCAACCAGGAGCUGAACCGUCAGUCAGCACUGACCAACAGCGUUGCCCAUCAGCUGUAAACAGGCCUCAGAGAAGCAACUCCCUCCAUCUGUUUGCUCGCAAGGUUUACAGCUUGAUGGGCAAGCGUCUGAGGGAGCUGUGUUCCACACUGGGCAUUUGUGAUGAGCUGCGGCUGAAGAUCUGGACCUGUUUUGAGUACUCUCUUGUGUGCUGUACUGACCUCAUGGUAGACCGUCACCUGGACCAACUGCUUAUGUGUGCCAUCUACAUCAUAGCUAAGAUUACCAAGUUGGAAAUACCUUUCAAAUGCAUAAUGAAGUGCUACAAGUCUCAGCCACGUGUCAACAAAAGCGUCUGCAAAAAUGUGCUGAUAUCCGGAAGAGGCAUCAAGGAAGACGGACAAGGAAACAAUAAUGAAGACCACAGCGUCGGUAUGCUGACACCCGACACGCCAUCAACACAUUAUCCAGGACCUUGUCAGGAGAAGAAGGGAAACCUUAUUCACUUCUACAACCAAAUCUACACAACAAAGAUGCAGCACUUUGCCAAACAGUUUGCCCCAACAUCUGGAGGGGACACUCCUCCUUUGUCUCCAUAUCCCCGACAGUGGACAGCAUCUUCUCGCAGACAGCGGCUGUCCAGCAGCCACCUCAUCUUCAUUUCACCAAUUGACACAGACACCACUUCCCCCAGUACACCCGGACUCUGCUAUGUUUUCAACUCAAGCCCCCGAGAGUGUCUGCGUCAGAUCAACAACAUGAUCAGGACGGGCCGGUCACCCAGCAGGCGAUGCUAUGGGGGGUUGGAUAGAGGAGAGGAGGACAAGGGAGAAGGGGAGGAGGAGGAAGAUGGUCCUUCAGUGAAGAGGCUUCGUUUGGAUGGCCAGUCAGCCUGGCAGAGGCGUCUAAGCAAUGUGGUGAAUUAUCGCAUGACAAGAAGGGACCGGGACCGAGACCAGGACCGAGACCAGGACCAACCAUCUCCAGUUACAAGGCUUAACCUGCACUAGAGCAGAGAUGAGCAAGUAGUCUCACUCUGCUCCUGUUUCUGUGACUGUAAUAGCAAUGUCAGGUGUUAGAGAAAUACAGAGCAGAUUUGUCUUCCUUCCUUGUUUCUGACACACACUAUCCUUAAAAAAGAGCACUUACCCCUUAGCUGAGUGGCCAAUGGUAGAUGAUUGUGGUCAUCCUGAGCAGCUCCCUGGUGCAGGUGUAUGAUGUUGUAAAAAUUUGAAGUAGGGCAGUGCUGAAAAGUGCUGAGUUGAUUUUCCUUGGAUGAAUAAAAUCAGACUGAUAACUACAGUUAAAACUGUAGGAGGAACUUGCCUGCCCUUUACAGCAUCAUGGGGACAAGCACAUGUCAGGCUUCCCCAGUGUGCACUGUUGAAGACAUGGUGAAACGUGUUUUUUUAUUUCUUCGCAAGACUCAAGAAAAGUGCACAAGUGACAGCAUGAAACUUUAUUCAAUGGUACUUGAAGUAUAGAGUAAGAUUUGAGAAACUAAAAACAUGAAUGAAUGACACUUUCAUCAGGUGCAGCCAUGACUGAUUGCAACCUUAAUAUCAUGGAUGAAUCAAUAGGAGAUUGCAUUUUAUUAAAGCCCGCCUCCACUCAGAAAAAGGUUUCACUUAUUGUGACAUCAAUCGAAUGUUUGGCCUUCACGGUGGAGAAUGAUGUAUGUGCAGCUUGACGGAAGGCUGUUUCACAUUAAUAUGCUGAAGUGACAAAGUUUCUGAGUUUUAGACUUGUGCAUGCGAGCAGGAUUUUGUGACAUCUCAACUAGUUUGUUAGCCAAUCAUAGCCCAGUAUUCAACUAACACAAAUAUGAUGAGGAAACUUGAAAUCUCCAUUGGACACUCGCUGAGAACUCAUUCUAAAGUGAAGUGUUGGACAUCUCCCAAGUUUUAAAUGGUAAAUGAAGAUACAUGUAACAAUAAACAGAUUUAA